AUGCCUCUCCUCGACAAAGUCCCGGGCGAGUUGAAGCUCUACAUCGGCGGCAUCUUCACGCCGGCGCAGCGUGACGCUCUCGAGGAGGCUAACAUUACUCACGUGCUCUCCGUGCUGCGCAUGCCACUCGACGACGACCUGUUCACCCCGUUCAGGCACCAUGCCGUCCAGGUUGACGAUGUCGAAGACGAGAACCUGCUCGAGCACUUCCCCGCCACCAAUCGUUUCAUCCAGGAAGGUCUCGAUGGCGGUGGCGGGGUGCUUGUACACUGUGCCAUGGGCAAAUCGCGAUCGGCCACAUGUGUCGUCGCUUAUCUGAUGCAAAAGCACCACAUCAGCGUCUCCGAAGCGCUAUUGCAAGUACGACAAGCCCGGUCGAUUGUGGAGCCAAACGAUGGAUUCAUGAAGCAAUUGGAGCUCUACGGUCAGAUGCGCACGCCAGAAAACGUCGAGGACACGCCUGCCUAUCAACGGUGGGUAUACCAACACGAAAUCGAGCUGAGUCGAGCGGUCGGUCAAGCUCCUGAAGCAGAGAAGAUUCGCUUCGAGGAUGAGCACGUUACCGAUCAGGCUGCGAACUUCGAGCUGAGAUGUCGCAAAUGCAGGCGGCCUCUCGCAACGUCACAAUAUCUAGUCGCUCACGGCUCAUCCAAGAGUGCCAACGAUCAAAGCCAAACACCAUCUACCGUAGAAACAUCUCGCGAUUGUGCUCACUACUUCUUGGAUCCGCUGUCCGAGUGGAUUGUGCCUGGAAUCAGCCUCUCGAAGAGUCGUAUCGACGAAGUGAAGAAGACCACGGUUUCUGAAAUUCGUCGUCCUCCUGGGUUCGCAGUGUCGUCGCCAGCCAAUGCCAACACCCCAAGGCAGAAUCUAUAG